CGGUUAACACAGGGAAUGAUCAACUUCUGCGUCAUACUAUACAUGGACGACAUCCUGGUUUAUUUGGAGACCUAUCACGGGCAUGCACAACAUAUCGAGUGGACGUUGGGUGCUCUGAAAGACGCCAGAUUCAAAAUCGCGCUCGAAAAGAGCGAAUUUUUCCUUUCGGAAAUCUCGUUCCUGGGCUAUGUCGUAACACGUGGAGGACUGCGGCCUGACUCAAGAAAGGUCGCGGCGGUGAAGGAAGCUCUUGUCCCCACGUCACUGACGCAGGUUCGAGCUUUCUUGGGGUUAGCCUCGUACUAUCAGCGACGAGAGCCUGGUCCCGCACGUCCUCACACGAAUUCUGACGCCGUACCUUCAUGGUCAGCGUGCCUGGAGGAGUCGGGAAACGGCCGCAACCCGCCAUCGCAACGAGGAUAUCCGGACCCGCGGGAGAUAGUCGACCUCGCUUUCUUCCAGUAUCGAACAGUCUCCGAAGACGAGGAGCUAGCGAUAGAAGAAGAAGCGGAAGAAGAAGAAGAAGGCACAGAGGAGGAAGAGGAGGAGGAAGAAACACUGGAAGAAGGCAGUUAUAAUGAACACAGCGAGGGAGAGCAGAGUGAGGAAGAAAAAGAAGAGGAAGACGAGGAAGAGGAAGAUGAGGAAGAGGAAGAGUUGGAGCUGGAAGAAUCCGAGUGGGAAAUCUCGGCGGAAGAAGGGGAACAAACGGACGCUCAGGCGAAGGACCCUCAGGCAACGCGCAAAGGAGAAGAAAUUGCAGUCGGAAAGCGACAGUUGGAAUUCGCAAGCGGAGCAAAUCUGCCGAUCGCCGAGGAUCCCGCCAAAAAUUCGGAGCUGCCCAAGCCCGAAGAUGGGGACCCAGAUGCCGAGACUUCGAGCGCACCAGCCAGGCGGCGACGAAGUCGAUCCCCCUCCCCCUCCACCUUCGACCGUCCACCAGUUCGAGCCCGUACCGAUGGGGGCCAUCGGGCUUCGUCCCCGGUCCUUAUCCCGUCGUCCCCUUGAUCACUUCACCCUCCGCCAGAUCACCACCCGCGUCACCUUCCCCCGUAAUCCCUUCCUGAUUGAUACCUUCCGAUUUUUCUACGCCACCCGCCUUGUUGUCACUGUUCACCCCCACCCCUCAACUCGGUGUGCCCUCCCCGACUUCUGUCUUCAUGCCCUCCUCUUCAGUGCCGCGUGGCGAGGCCACAACAUCGUCAAGGUUUAUUGCAUGAUCACGGGGACUAUACCCGCAUGCGAGAACCACGAUCAAUUCCGCGCG